GCGGGGGGAGCGGGGAGGAGGGGGCUCAGCCGCCGCCGCCGCUGCUGCCAUGGAGGCCAACUGGACCGCGUUCCUGUUCCAGGCCCACGAAGCCUCCCAUCACCAACAGCAGGCAGCACAGAACAGCUUGCUGCCCCUCCUGAGCUCUGCUGUGGAGCCCCCUGAUCAGAAGCCGUUGCUUCCAUUACCAAUAACUCAGAAACCUCAGGCACCACCAGAAACAUUAAAGGAUGCCAUUGGGAUUAAAAAAGAAAAACCUAAAACCUCCUUUGUGUGCACUUACUGCAGUAAAGCUUUCAGGGACAGCUACCACCUGAGGCGCCAUGAGUCCUGCCACACUGGGAUAAAGUUAGUGUCACGGUCAAAGAAAACCCCUACCACGGUGGUACCUCUUAUUUCUACCAUCGCUGGAGACAACAGCCGAACUUCAUUGGUCUCAACCAUUGCAGGCAUCUUGUCAACAGUCACUACAUCUUCCUCUGGCACUAACCCUAGCAGCAGUGCCACUUCCACUGUUAUGCCAGUGACACAGACAGUCAAGAAGCCCAGUAAGCCAGUCAAGAAGAACCAUGCUUGCGAGAUGUGUGGGAAGGCCUUCAGAGAUGUCUAUCACCUUAACUGGCACAAGCUCUCUCAUUCAGAUGAGAAGCCCUUUGAAUGUCCUAUUUGCAAUCAACGCUUCAAGAGGAAGGAUCGGAUGACUUACCAUGUGAGGUCUCAUGAAGGAGGCAUCACCAAACCAUAUACUUGCAGUGUUUGUGGGAAAGGCUUCUCGAGGCCAGACCACUUAAGCUGUCAUGUAAAACAUGUCCAUUCAACAGAGAGACCCUUCAAAUGCCAAACAUGCACUGCUGCCUUUGCCACCAAAGACAGACUACGGACACAUAUGGUUCGCCAUGAAGGAAAGGUAUCUUGUAAUAUCUGUGGUAAACUUCUGAGUGCAGCAUAUAUCACCAGCCACUUAAAGACACAUGGGCAGAGCCAAAGUAUCAACUGUAAUACAUGUAAACAAGGCAUCAAUAAAACAUGCAUGAAUGAAGAGACCAGCAACCAGAAGCAGCAGCAACAGCAGCAGCAGCAGCAUGUGACCAGCUGGCCAGGGAAGCAGGUAGAGACACUGAGAUUGUGGGAAGAAGCUGUCAAGGCAAGGAAGAAAGAAGCUGCUAACCUGUGCCAAACUUCCACGGCUGCUACAACAUCUGUGACUCUUACUACUCCAUUCAAUAUAACUUCCUCUGUGUCGUCUGGGACGAUGUCAAACCCAGUCACAGUGGCAGCUGCAAUGAGCAUGAGAAGUCCAGUAAAUGUUUCAAGUGCAGUUAAUAUAACCAGCCCAAUGAAUAUGGGGCAUCCUGUAACUAUAACCAGUCCACUAUCCAUGACCUUUCCACUAACACUCACCACCCCAGUCAACCUCCCCACCCCAGUCACUGCCCCAGUGAAUAUAGCACACCCAGUCACUAUCACAUCCCCAAUGAACCUACCCACACCAAUGGCAUUAGCUGCCCCACUAAAUAUAGCAAUGAGACCUGUAGAGAGCAUGCCUUUCUUACCCCAAGCUUUGCCCACAUAACCACCUUGGUAAACAGUGUUAUUUAAAAAAAAAAAAAAGUUAAAGCAAAUAUUUACCAGCAACAUUUUUUUUAGUUUAUUAAAGCAAAAGUCAAACCAAGAAAUUGGGAGGUCUUAUUACACUAGUUAAAAGCCUAAGUAGCAUUUUUCUCCAACUUGGGAUUUUUCAAAGUAAGGUAUGUAAAGUGAUCACUUCCAUUUCAAAAGAUUUUUCCUUUAACUCACAGCAAUGUUGAAACAGGAUAGUAGUUCAUUAAUGAAAUACCACAAAUAAAACCAGACAUAUGAAGUG